AUGAACAUCUCACCUCUCCGAAUCUCGCUCUUUCACUCAGUACAGAGUGAACAACUCCUGCACGACGUUGAUCAAGUUGCUUGA